GUUCUUGAUGACGACGACGAGAACGGGCUCCAUGGCACAGCUGUUGCGCAGGUCUUUGCGUUUAUUCUUCAGGCCCUGCGUGCGGAACCGCCUUCACUUUCCUGGCACGAUACUGCCGCGGGUCUCCAUACCUGGGCUGUAGAGUACGACGACGUUCUAAGAAACAUACCCGAAACAGUGCGUAAGGGUAAGGAAGCGCGCGCCUCUCCGUACAAGCCCCAACGCUGGCGAGGAUUCAAGCGCUCGCCGAUUCAGACACGGUCUCGGUGCAAGCGAUUCGACAGCAACGCAAAGCAGCGAGAUGAUAGCGGUGACGAUGAAGAAGGGACACCUCCUUCACCCACGCCGACACGAUCGGUUCUCAGUGGCGGAAGGGCUCUCACGAAGUCGAGUGCGGACUCGGCCGGUAUACAGGCACAGGAAAACCGUCUUUCCAGCCAAGGGAAGCAGAUAAACAUAAAGGAUCGUCAGUUUCCCAAAGACCGUGGUUAUGAUGCUCACGUCGUACCACUUCACCUGUCCGGCUCAACCGGCUCACUCUUUAAGGUUAGGGUGUCCUCCCAUGGCUACACUCUCGUCGCCAAAGGCGUUGAGACACUCGAUCUGGCCCGCCUUCGCCAUGAGAAUGAGGUUACAGCGGGUAGAGGUAUUGUGGUGGUGGACUUUGAGCGGGCGGAUGUCAGCCGCCGCCUCUCGGUUUGCUCAGUGAACACUACACAGCAGGAGCCCGCUGUCAAUGUGGCUAGGAAGGUGUGA